AGGACUUCCAUAUGCGAGAUUAGAUCCUAGCAGUAUCAAAAUCAUAUUCAAGCAAGAAUUGCAGUAUUGCACACAUUUUUUUUAUUUAUUGGAAAUUUAUUCGAACGCUUAUAAAACUCAAUGCUUAAGAUUAUUCAAGAGUUCAUAGGAGCACCUCGUCUUCCCCUGCCAUGCUCUCUUGUUGCAAGCCUUCGGCUGGUUGGGCGAUUGCGUGAGACUGACCAACAAAAUACUACAGAAAUUCCCAUCAACCGCACCAAAAUCUCGCCAGCUCCAGAAGGCCCCCCAAGUUUCCUGCGAUCGGAUGAGGCGCAGCGUGGUUCCCUGACCCAGCACAUUGUCGCGGCUCAUCCACGAGUGGCGUCUGCCGGCAACUUGCUCGACGAAAUGCCGCGCCGGGACGUCGUCUCGGCCACGGCUGCCAUAGGCGCGCUCACCCGCAGCGGCCGGCACCGCGGCGCGGUCGCGCUCUUCUCCCGCGUCCUUGUUGACGGCGUCGUGCCCAACGAGUUCACCUUCGGCACCAUCCUGCGGUCGGCGAGCGCGCUGCGUGACCUUCGCGUGGGCGCACAGCUCCACGCCUGCGUCGCCAAGCUUGGCCUCUGCUCCAACGUCUUCGUGGGCAGCGCCCUCGUCGACCACUACGCCAAGAUGGGCGCCGUGAGGGAAGCCCAGGGAGCUCUCGAGGACACCCGCGAGCCGAACGUCGUCUCUUACACCGCGCUCAUUGCGGGGUUUCUGAAGAAUGGGAUGUUUGGGGAUGCAGCCCGGCUGUUCCGCUGCAUGCCGGAGAGGAAUGCGAUCUCUUGGAACGCCAUGAUCGGCGGGUCAAGCAAGGCAGGCCUCAACGAGGAAGCAGUCAACCUGUUCCUGGAUAUGUGUCGGGAAGGCGUCAGGCCGAACGAGUCCACGUUUCCCUGCGUGCUCACCUCCGUUGCCAACGCCGGGGCACUUGGCGUUGGCAGAAGCAUCCAUGCUUCGGCUAUCAAGUUCUUGGGCAAGCUUGAUGUUUUUGUGGGCAAUUCUCUCGUCAGCUUCUAUGCUAAAUGUGGCAGUUUGGACGACAGCGUCAAGGCGUUCACAAAGAUCAAGAAGAAGAACGUGGUGUCCUGGAACGCGUUGAUCUGCGGAUAUGCUCAAAAUGGGAGGGGAGAGGAGGCUUUGGAAGCCUUCAGGAGGAUGAAAGCUGCAGGCUUGAAGCCGGACAGUGUUACUCUUCUUGGCUUGAUGUUUAGUUGCAACCAUUCUGGUCUGGUUGAUGAAGGUUAUUCAUUGUUCAAGACUGCCGAGAUGGAGCAGCCAGGUAUACUGAGACCUGAGCAUUAUGCUUGUGUGGUUGAUCUCUUCUCCCGGGCUAAGCGAUUCGAUGAUGCCAAGCGGUUUCUUGAUAACCUUCCCUUCGAGCCAGGCAUCGGAUUUUGGAAGUCAAUGAUAGGAGGGUGCCAGAUUCACUGGAAUAGGGAGCUCGCUGAGGGUGUCGCGAAGCGUAUUCAUGCACUUGAUCCGAAGGACACUUCUUCAUACAUCCUUCUAUCCAAUGUUUACUCUGCUGCAGGAAGCUGGGAGGAUGUGUCAAUGGUCAGGAGGGAAAUCAAAGAGAAGGGGCUGAAGAGGAUCACAGGUUGCAGUUGGAUUGAGGUCCACAACCAGGUUCAUGUUUUCUUUAAUGGAGAUUGUAGACAUCCUCGGAGUGAUGAUAUUCACAUGAUGCUUGAAUCUUGCCUGAGUAGUGAGGAAGAUGAACACUGGCUUGUAUGAUUAUCGGACAACAUGAAAAAGACAACUCGAGGAAUGGGAUUCCAACUAAUUUUUAUGGUCCUUGAGAGCUCUGGCUUGACUUUGCAUAUGAUUUGCUGAAGAGAAUCUCCGAGAGAUGUCUAAAACCGAUCUUUAAAACCAAAUUUUAGAAACUAGACUAGAAAAUAUAUCUUCAACAGGUUAUCAAAUACAUUCCUAAUAU